AUGCGUCGGGUUGCUUUGACCGUCACGGCUGUUGAUGACUGGGGGGGCGACACACGGGAGGCGAUGAUUGAGCUCGGGCACGAACUAUUGACUAAAUACGUGGUGUCCGUAUCUGAGUGUUCUUUGGCGGUCGGCGAUCGCUUCCACAAAUUCAUGCGAGCAGAACACUCCGCCAAAGGCGCUGCUACCCCAGCAGUGAGUCCAAGUCAUUUGAUAACGGUGUCAAUUCUCUCGCACGCCUUUAUUUUCGCGCGUGUAUGCGUGGUGCAGGCGCCAGGGACUUGGAUGGUCAACGACGUGUCCUCCCGCGAGGUUGAGGAGCUGAUGGAUGCCUUCGAGCAAAUGACCACGGUCGUAAAGUUCGCCAACACGACCCUGGCCACAGAGAACAUCGCCGAGGCGCAGCGCAUCUACGCGGGGGCUAUGGCCCUAUUCAGGAAGCUGGGGAACGACCGCGGCGUCAGCAUCAUGAACAACAACCUGGGCAACGUGUACGCUCUGCAGGCCGGACAGUUCGUCGCCAAGGCAAGGGACGAUGUAAAUCCGGCCCAAACCAAGGCCCUCAUGGAGGCGGCGCAGGACAGUGUCGCCGACGCCGUCACAAACCACGAGCUCGCCAUUAACGACGCCGAGGUGCUUUGCGCAGCCACCAACCAGCAACCGAACCACGCUUCACCGCUGCUCCGCAGCGCUCACCGCGGCGGUCGUGAGGGUGUGGAUGAGACCGAGUGCGAGGAAGGCGUCAAGAGUGAAGGUGCCGCACUCGCGGAUGCCGACGUAAACGACGACGACGACGAGGAGGACGACAACAAGUCACACGCCGCCCUUUGCCAGCAGCUCGUUAACCGCAAGUUUAUUCUCGCUCUGUGCCUCACAGCUAAGGGCAACAGCACCGUCGCCACCGGGGGACAACCAGACCUGAAAACCAUCGACGAGGCCAGGAACCUGAUGCAGCAGUGCAUCCUGCUGACCCACGUCGGGCAACACAACGGCGGAAAGCGGAACAACGGCGACGCGAAGACCGACCUGCGGCGUAUCGGGUACCUCCUCCAAUUGUCCGCCCUGGAGCGAGAGCAGCAAGAUAGAUCUAGGGAGGCAGGAGAAGCACUUGAUGCGGCCGAGCUGGUGAUUGCGCCCUAUGAGAGCUUUCACUUUGCCGGGGGGCUGGGGGCGGCGAUGGCGACGCCGCUGGAAACACCAGUGCGGAUCCUCCGCCAGAGGCUGUUGGAAGCGCGCGCCGCCCACUGCGUAGCAAGCGGCUUCCACGCGGCGGCAAUCGAUCACUACACUCAAGCCAUCAUUGGGACGGGAGACCUGAUUGACCCCAGCGUUGCCCGGGCAUCGCUCUUGGGGCUCCGCAGUCUGGCCUCUGACGGCAACUACGGCCGCCUCUCCCGAGCUAUUGGUAGCGUUGGGCUUGCAUCCUGGCGCGGGCGCGGACCCCGAGGGCAUAUCCUCGGCGAUCGACCACGGUAUCGUGAUUUCGGAGACAGCGUGCAGUACGAGUCGUUCGACUUCCACAAGGAAUAUGAUCUUCACAAGCUUACCAAAAAGCUCGAGAAAAUCAAGGCCUACGGAGGCCAAGACUUCCCGGAGGACGUUGCUGGAGGGUUGAAGCUCGCGACGGAGCUUGUCUGGAGGGGCAACAUCCGCCUUUGCAUCCUCCUCGCCGACGCGCCGUGUCACGGUAACGUGCACCACACCGGGGCUGGGGAUAUGUUCCCGAACUGCUGUCCCAUGGGAAACGAUCCAGCCAAGCUGCUCUACAAGUUGCAGGUGUGAGCGUGUUUGACGGUGCGAAGGGGUGGUGGAUCCCACCGCAGUAUGGAGAGAAUCUGCGUAAAAGCAGUCGCCAGAUUUGACGCUGCCUCUGUGAGCGCCGCCUCGUUGGUACGAGCACGUGCACACUCGGUUGCACGUCUCUCGAGAUCCAGGUGUGUGCAUGCAGCCAUGUACAGAGCUGAAUCCGUUAGGUACCGCUCACUCCGAUUCACCGCCGGCCAUACAUGCAAGCAACGACGACAGAGGUCAGGAAAACCAGUUUUCAUCAAAGCUAUCAAAGCACUGCUGUACCCCACGAUAUCACAGUCUGCCCUCACUUUUUCUCGUGACCAACGCCGUGCCAACUGUGACCAACCAUUUCCCUUCCCCGUCCCCCCCGGUGUUUGCCAUCGGGGUUGGGUUUUCGUCGCUUGGAAGCGACGUUGUAAAACAAGCCAAUUCGCUUCGUGAACUCGGCAACCAGGUUACCGUUGUUUUUUUUACAUUUUUUUUUUUCGGCGGUAACCAUAAUGGUGGUCGAGUAGGUCAUGUUGUNAAGCGACGUUGUAAAACAAGCCAAUUCGCUUCGUGAACUCGGCAACCAGGUUACCGUUUUUUUUUUUAUAUUUUUUUUUUUCGGCGGUAACCAUAAUGGUGGUCGAGUAGGUCAUGUUGUGCGGGGUGGACAAUCCUCACUCCGCGCAAAGGGGACAAUCGCACCACGUUGUGUAAAAAUGGUCACGCAUCCUCGAGGCAGUUACACAGUGCUCUCAACUGUCUCUGGAAGUGAAAGCACCAGAAAAUAAAUUAGAAAUAUACAUGCGAAGGUGUACCGAUUCAGGAAAAAGUCAAUCGACGGAUACCCUGCGAAUCGGGUCCUCCUUAACACUCUCCACCCACAGAAUUUACCCUCAACUGGGAACCUCUUGUGGCCAGGAUGGGUAAUUCGAUGGAAGUGUCACAAGGUUCUUUGUAGGAUCGAUCGACUCCAAGAGGAGUUCUCAGGACUGACACACAUUGUGUCCAUGGGAAAAUAUCCAAGUCAGGAGAAAAAGUGUGCACCCAAGACGAUUCGAACCAGUAUCCAGCUGACGCCAUAUGCGAAGGUGUACCGAUUCAGGUAAAAGUCAAU